AGAGUUGCCUUUCUUGACUCGUUUACUUGGGUAGGUUAAACUGUAGUCUGUAUAUACAUACAUUCAUGCUUAAAGCAUAGAACUCAUUAUCUCAUUCUUUUUUCAUACUUUUGAAUGGCUGAAUCUCUUCUGCUCAACCUUGCUCAGACCGUCCUCGAAAAGUUAGCCUCUCUUGCAAUUGAAGAAGUUCUCUUGGCAUGGGGACUUGAAAGCCAUCUUCAACAAAUUAAUAAUUCCUUAAAGGCCAUAACUGCUGUUCUUCUAGACGCCGAGCAGCACCAGUCACGCAACCACCGGAUACAAGUGUGGCUUGAGGACCUCAAAUAUGUCCUUUAUGACAUCGAAGAUGCAGUGGAUGAGUUCGAGCGCGAAGCAUUGAGAAGGCAGGUGGUGAAAGAUACAGGGAAUACUACCAGAAAGGUAAAACGUUUCUUUUCAAACUCUAAUUCAGUUGCAUUCCGUUUUAAAAUGGCCCAUAAGCUAAAGAACCUUAGACAGAGAGUAGCUGGAAUCGUUAAACUUAAGUCUGAUUUCGGUUUGACUGAGGGGGCCAACUAUACACAAGUCAUUCGCAGGGAGAGGAAAUUGACCUACUCUUUUGUGGAUGUUGCAACUGUUAUUGGGAGGGACGAGGAUAAAGAGAAGAUCAUAGACCAUUUAUUGAAUGCUUUCGAUGGAGAAAAUGUCUCCAUUCUUCCAAUUGUGGGAAUAGGAGGUAUAGGGAAGACUACACUUGCUAAGCUGGUAUAUAAUGAUGAAAGGGUACAUAGGCAUUUUGAGAUGAAGGUUUGGGCAUGUAUAUCUAAUGACUUUGAUUUGCCAGAAGUUCUUAGAAAAAUCAACCAGGCUGCCACCUCUCAAAAUUGUACAGGCUGGGAUAUAGAACAAUUGCAAGCAUUUUUGAGGGAGACUAUAAACAAUAAAAAGUACUUGCUUAUCUUAGAUGAUGUGUGGAAUGAGGACCGUCAAAAAUGGAAUGAAUUGAGAGCUUUGUUGACGGGAGGUGCUAAUGGAAGUAGGAUUCUAGUCACGACAAGAAAAAAUAACGUUGCCUCCGUUAUGGCUAGUGUUCCACCUUACAAGUUAAAUGAUCUCUCUCUUAAGGAUUGUAUGUCUUUGUUUCUCAAAUGUGCAUUUAACGACGCACAAGAUGUGGCACGCUAUCCAAAUCUUGUAAAAAUGGGUGAAGAAAUUGUAAAUAAAUGCAAAGGAGUUCCUCUUGCAGUAGUAACAUUAGGAAAUUUGCUUUACUCCAUCACAAGUGAGCAUGAGUGGAAAUCUGUAAGAAAUAGUGAGAUGUGGAAACUAGAGCAGAAGGAGGAUGACAUAAUGCCUGCACUAAGAAUAAGUUAUGAUCAGUUGCCAUCUAACUUAAAAAGAUGCUUCGCAUAUUGUUCGUUUUUUCCAAAGGAUUUUAUUUAUAGUGAUUUACAAUUAACUUAUUUUUGGAUGGCACAUGGGCUUCUUCAGUGUAAGAAUGAGCAUGAAGAGUUGGAAGACGUUGGAUUGCGUUACUUUAAAGAAUUAUGUUCGAGAUCUUUUUUGCAAGAUUUUUCUCGAAUGAAGGAUGGGGUUUGUUGCCAAAUGCAUGAUCUGAUGCAUGAUCUUGCAUUAUCAUUGACACAAAAAGAGUGCUCAAUAGUAACAUCAGCAACCCAACAAAUACCUGGAAAUGUUCGGCAUUUGUUAUUUGCUAACCCUAAUUCACUUCCUGAAAGUCUCCCGACGAUCUUACAAGGUUUAGCCGGUGUACGAACCAUUAUACCUUUUGUGUCCUCUGACGUUAUUAGCCCAUCACUCAUGCAGACGCUGUUUUUGCCAAGAUUUCAAUUUCUGCGAUACUUGGAUUUGUCUUAUUCAGAAAUAGAGACACUGCCGGAAGGUAUUGGUAUGUUAAAGCAUUUGAGAUUUCUCAAUUUAGUUUAUUCCAAAAUAAGAAGAUUGCCUGAUUCUGUUUGCAAGUUACAGAGCUUACAAACAUUAUGGCUUUUCGCCUGUUAUAGAAUUGAAGAGUUACCCAGUGAUAUGAGGUGCUUCAUCAGCCUUAGGUCUCUGAUAAUAACCACAAAGCAGAAGUGUUUGCCAAAUAAUGGAAUAGGCUGUUUGAAAUCUCUUCGAAAUUUGGGAAUUUUCGCAUGUAAAAACAUAGAAUUCUUGUUUGAAGAUUUGCAGGGUCUCAACAGCCUUCGAAAACUGGCUAUCGUGAAUUGUUCAAGCUUAAAACGUUUGCCGCAGAGUAUAAAAUACCUGACUUCAUUAGAGUUUCUUGAUAUCGUAAACUGUGAUAAACUUGAUUUGGAAAUGGAGGAGGAAGAGAGCAAUAAUCAAACUCGAUUCUGCCGCCUUGAAAUACUGAUACUUUCAAGUCUACCAAAAUUGGUGAAAUUUCCAGGGUGGCUACUCAAUAGUUGCACCAACACUCUUCAUAACUUAACUCUUGAUCGCUUACCCAACAUGAAAGAGUUGCCCGGUUGCCUCAGUGAUCUUCAAGAAAUAAGUAUAUUUAAUUGUAAAUUACUUGUACAAGAUUUGUCCAACAUUUCUCAUGUCCCCAAAAUUUGUAUUGAUGGCGAGGAGUUCAGCUACAACCCAUAGGAAGAAACAAAUAAGCAGUCCUGCGAUCCUGAAACGAAGUUUAAUUAUCUAGUAUUUGAUCAUUGUAUAGGUGCUAAUCAAUUUAAUUUCGAGCUGAGCAUAACCAAUAUCUUCAUUUAAAUGAGUAUGCACUUUCUUAUUCAUUCUCCCAUCAGGUAAUCAAUAUCUUCAUUUAAAUCUGCCAUAGCUCUAGAAUUAUUCUGAGGUUAAUCUAGCUUCAUUCGUAUCUCUUGACAGAAAACCAUGAAGAACCCUUCACGAUCUGCAAAUCCUAUGUUUAUGAUGAGUUCUGGCAACCCGAAAUGGGGUUGGAGCUGGUUGGAACAAUGGAUGGCAGCCUAUCCAUGGGAGAAAGGCGGCAUGGCAAAGAAAGAACUCAGAAAUGACCAUCAUCUGUGAAGAGUGGAAUUCUGAUAAAAUUUCAGUAGUAGACAGUGAGAAGAUGAGGCAAACCAAGAGCACAUGUUCGCCUUUGACUCCUAAGCCAGCCUUUUCGGUAGUUGCUAGAAAAUUGAAGCCAGCAAGUCCAAGGAGCAGCAUUGGAGGUGCAGACGACGACAACAGAAGCAUGAUUAAUGCACAAUCAUUAGAAGGCACAACAUUGCAGGAUCAUCGGUGCGAGAUGACGAGUGCCUCGGUAGCUCUUCAACAGGGCUAGCUUGUGAAAGUAUUUAUUCAUUGCUGAGAGAGAGUUGUUUUGUGGUGAAAACCUGAAAUUAGAUUCUCUUGGUUCACUUUUUAUUUGUGACUAUGUAUUCAGUUAUUCAUUGUUUCAAACCUUGAUAUGUGUAUUAUGAUCGAAAAAUAAUAUAUCUUUGAACAGCUUGUUAUUGUUUAAA